GAAAGACGUGAUCACUUGUAAACAACGGGACGGGGCGAGACUCACGAGAGCACAACGCCGCCGCCUCCUUGUUGCAUGGGACUCCUCUUCACAGCCGGGGAGGGGAUCACGUCACGCAGGCCCUCCACCGUCCUCCACGUGCCUGCUUUAUCAUGUGACAGCUUGACAGCACCAUUGAAGUGAUGGAGGGUGAGGCAGCGUCCCACGGAGGGGACACUGUCACCUUGGUGGCCGAGGGGCGGCACUUUGCUUGCCACAAGGCCAAGCUGAUGGCCAGCAGCGACUACUUCAAGGCAAUGUUCUCCAGCAACUUCAGUGAAAAUGACAAAAAGCUCAUUGAACUGCAGGAUAUAGAUGCUGACUCCCUGGGGAUUCUGGUGCAGCAUGUGGAGUUUGGCAGCCUUGUCAUCCCCCACGGUGUCCUUCCCCUUCUGCAGAUAUCAGCCAUGCUCCAGUUCACCAGUGUGCAGGCAGCUUGUGAGCAGCAUGUCCUCUCCUCCCUCACCAUUGACUCUUGCCUGGAGGUGUAUUUCAUCACCUCCUCCCUGGGCAUCCUCAGUCUUGCCUCGGCAGCUCUCACUGUGGCUACCUGGAACUUUGAGAACCUUGCCUUGACACAGCAAUUUCAGCAGCUGACAAUCACUGAGCUAGAAGAGUAUGUGAGCCACCCAGCCCUCCACCCAGGGCCAAAUGGGGAGUGGGGAGUGUGGGAAGCUCUCGUCGGCUGGAUCGAGGUGUGUGAGGAGGAGAGGACACAGCACCUGGUGCGCCUCCUGCUGUGCCUGGACCUGCACACCCUCACACUGGAAGACCUUGCCAACAUGUUCUUCUUCAGUGUAGUGAGUGACAAUGAGGAGGCAGUGCAGUUUCUAGAGUGCUUUAAAGCCUUCAAGGAGUGUUGUAGCCAAAUAUCUAACUCAGUCUCUUCAGGCACCUCUGGAGCUAUGCCACAGAGUUCAGUGUGGCUAGAAAAUUAUAGUUAUGAAAAGGAACUACAGAAGGAGUUGAGAAGUGCUUUGGAAAUUGCCCUGAAAAGGCCCAGACGCAAGUUGCCCCAAAUACCAUGUGUGGUUGGCUUCAGACAGACACGGCCACCACAACGGCGACGCAAGGCCAAGAACAGUGAUGAUGAGGAUGAGGAGAGGAACUACAGCUUGGCCUCUCGUAUUAAGAAUUUAGACAUUACCCCAGUUCUGUUCUCCUUUGACCCCGUGCAAAAAAGAAUUAAAGAAGAGGUCACUCUCACCAAACUUUGCAGUUGCCCUGUCCAGUGUUCAGGCUAUCAAGUGUGUGCUGUUGGUCCAAGCAUCUUUAUCCUGGGAGGGGAGUACCAGCUGGGUCACGGCAACUGGAACAUGUCUGUCAUGAGAUACAGCACAGUCUCAAGACGAUGGAUUGAAGAGCAUUCGUUACCUCGGCCACGGCGGCACUUCAUGUCGUGUGUUGUCAACUCCACCAUCUACCUCCUCGGUGGCUUUGGGAGGCAUCGUGUGAUUCAGAGCUCUGUUGAUUCUUACGACACAGCCUCAGGUGAGUGGCUACACUGCCCUGACAUGCCAAGCCCUGUCAGCUAUGCAGCGGUGUGUAGCUUUGAGGGGCGACUCCUCUUGUUCACACAGGAGAAUCAGCUGCUCACAUUCUGUCCCAAACUCAAACGAUGGUCUGCCAUGCCCCUCAAGGCUCCUAACACCCUGGGCUACCGUGCUGCCCUCACCUGGAAGCACUACAUCUACCUAAUUGACAGCUGUACCGCCAGUGUGUACAGAUUCAAGCCAGGAGAGGUCACAGUCACCCGCUACGGCCAGUUUGGUGCUCCUCCCAUCAACGUGUGUGUGGUGGACGGAACACUCUACAACUUCUCCCACAAUGACUUACAUGAUAUCCGGGUAGUGGAGGCCAUGGAGCUCGAUGGAGGAGACAAGAAUAUUAAGAGUAAGGAUGAGAACAGUGAUGCAAAGAAUAUAGGUGAGGACACUAAACCAGGGAACAAGGAUGCUCCACCAGCACCCAUUCUUGUACAUUCCAAAGAGGUAUGGAAGGGGAAUGACCCUGGCAAACAUAUGUUCACUACUCUGUGCCCAGCUGAGAGCACCUUUUCCUUGGGCUCCUUUCCUCUGUUGAAAGUGCUCAUGUGAGCUGCAUUACACUGCUGCCACUGCUUUGAGUUAGGGGUAUGAAAAUCAGCUUGGUGCAUAUGAAGAAUUGUGCAGAAAGGCCUGUGUCAUGUCUGUGAUCCUGUCGGGUUGUUCAAUCUGCAACUCUGCCCCUCCUGGCUCAUGUGCUGCUCAGGGUGGAAGGACACGUUUGUAGGUGAAGCAGUGUGAUGUGGUAAUGCUUUCUAUUGUUUUAAUUAUGUUUGGUGCUUGUAAGUGAGUGGAUAUUUCCUAUUACAUUUAAAAUUUUGUUUAAAGACUUGUGACAUCUUGGAGAAAGUCACUCUUGACCUUCACUCUCUAGCUACUUGCCAUAUGGUACUUAUCACAGUUGGUCAGCUGAGGGAUCACGGGAAUGGUCAGUAUAAGUUGAUAAUAAUCAAGAAAUAAAAGAGAACUGUACAAUAGA